UAAAAAAAUAUAGAAAAAAUAACAACAAAAAGUUUUGCACAUAGAAGAGAAGAGAAAGGUUGGGUGAAGGGAGAAAUGGAAGACGGCAAGAGUAUGGGUCGAAAGGAGAAGAGGAAGGCAAUGAAGAAAAUGAAGCGGAAGCAGACGAGGAAGGAGGCGGCGGAGAGGGAGCGACGGGAGGAGGAGGACCGCCUCAACGAUCCGGAGGAGCAGAGGCGGAUGCAAUUGCUGGAGCAGGAGGAAGCGGAGAGAAUGCAGAGGGACACCAUCCUCUUUCAGGAGAGGGAGAAGGCUUUCAUGGAUAUGAUAAUCACCCGACAACGACGGCAGCAGCAGCAAGAACGAGAGCAAGAGCAGAGCAUCGACCACGACCAUGAAUUUGAAUACGUGGUUCAGGAAGAAGGCCCUCCGGAGAUUAUUUGGCAAGGAAACGAGAUCAUCUUCAAUAAGAAACAGGUCAGAGUUAGGGUUCAGGACACCGACACUGACACCCACAAUAACCAUGCGCAGCAGAAUGACGACAUUAGACCUACAUCCAAUCCCUUACCCCCGGAAUCGGGAUUGGAAUCGCGCACUCAGAACCUCCAGGACAUUGCUGAACAAAUACCCAAUUUCGGAACUGAACAGGAUAAAGCUCAUUGCCCUUUUCAUUUAAAAACGGGAGCAUGUCGCUUUGGUAGGCGCUGUAGCAGAGUCCAUUUUAUCCCUGAUAAAUCCUCCACUCUUCUAAUGGAAAACAUGUACAACGGUCCUGGCCUUGCUUGCGAUCGGGACCAAGACGAGGGCCUCGAGUAUACAGAUGAAGAGAUUGAUCGCUGCUUUGAAGAAUUUUAUGAGGAUGUCCACACAGAAUUCUUGAAGUUUGGGGAAAUUGUGAACUUCAAGUUUGACCACACAACACCUUCGGAUUCCAACACUUCAAAGAAAAGAUGUUCAUGUACCUGUGGAACCUCUAUUAUGGUUUUUGCAUGUGGAAGAGGAGGACACAAUGAUAGGGGAAGACAUCCGCAACAUGUCCUUAAUGCAUAUACGGUAAGAGAAUGUCACAUUCAAGAAAAUUGCUUCUCCUUGCACGACUUUCCGAACAAGAUAGCCAAUGUCUCUAAAGCUGAAGCUGUUGAUCCCAAAUUCUCUUAUGAAGAAUACCAAGAGUACUUGAGGUUGAAGUCUAAUAAUUUGGCACAAUCAUCUACAAAUCCAAGUUCAUCAACAACUUGCGUCUCACAAUCCAUGGUGUGUAAAAAUGGUUCAUUUCACUUGCGAGGAAAUGUGUAUGUACAGUACAAAGCUUUGGAUUCUGCGCUGCACGCAGCAAAUUUAAUGAAUCAUCAUGACUUUGCUGGAAAACGGGUAACUUGUCAAUUUGUUAACUUGACAAGAUGGAAGGUUGCCAUAUGUGGCGAGUAUAUGAAAUCGGGUUUCAAGACUUGUUCUCGAGGAACAGCAUGCAAUUUUAUUCACUGUUUUCGUAAUCCUGGUGGAGACUAUGAAUGGGCUGAUUCUGACAAACCUCCCCCAAAAUUUUGGGUAGAAAAGAUGAUCGCUUUAUUUGGUUAUUCUGAUGAUUAUGAGACUUCAAGGGAGCAGGGAAAUUUUAGUUUGUCAAAAACAGAUUCUGACAGGUACCACUGUAGAAGGUCAAGAUCCAGAGAGAUGGAUCAGAUAAGUUGUGGUUAUUCUGGUAGAAGAAAACAUGAAGAUGAAAGAAAGCAAAGAACUCCCUAUGAGGAUCGGAAUGCUAGCUUAAAAAACACUCGUAAAAGAAAAUCCAGAGGCAGAACUCCUGAUACCGACUCUGACAGAGAAUGGUUAGAAAAGGAGGAAAUUAGGGAAAGACGCCAUGAAUACACUAGGAAUGGCUCAUUUAAUAAGAGCAGGGAUGAAAAUAGCAGAAGCCACGAAGAGGAUUCUGAUGUGGAUUGUGAUACCAGGGACAAUGAAAAACAGCAUGGAAGAAACCCAAGAAAGUGCGACAAAGACAUCAGGGUCUGGAUUAAUGAGGCUGCUGGUUUGGAUGGGGACAGAGAUGUGAGAAAGCACCGUAUUAGGGAAAGCUCAGGACAUCAGAGUGGUGACGCUUCUGAAUCCAACAAAGAUUUGUUUGGUAGAGUGGAGAUGGAAACACUACAUGAUCACUCUAGGAAAACAUAUAGUCACAGAAGAUCGGGUGUUCAGGUGUCUGUAAAAGGAAGAGAUCAAAACGACAAAGUUGAUAGAGACGGGUCCCGGAAGGACAGUUACAAACGAGAUCAUCACAAAAGGAAGUAAUCAAUACACAGAAGAAUUUUAUUCCCAUCAGUGUGGAGAGCAGCAGAGAGUGGAUAUCAAUUGGUGGAGCUAAUCAUACUUGGAAUUUUUGUCCCGAUGAAAGCUUAGUGUAUUUUAUUUUUACAUUUCUUCCCAUAUUUAUUUAUUUUUCCUAAACCUUCCGCUUUUUCUGUUGAUAAUAUAUCUACGAAUAUUAAAAUCCCUCCAAA